AGGGGAAAGACACAGUAAGAGAGCCAGAGGAGAGGAAAGAGAGGCGGGGAGCAUGGAAUUAUGGAUCGCUGCGUACAGCAGCCGUAAGAGGGUCACGGUGGCUAAAACAGUUCUAGUUAGUCCGUGGUUGGUACUGGAGGUUGGUCACCACUGCUGUGCGGGCGAGGCUUGCUUAGAUUGGAGACUGGAGCAACCCGCGAGGUGGUCAGUCACUUAGUAAGGCGCCAGGCAAAACGCAAAAAGUCAAACGUUCAGUUGCCGGCAAGGCGGUGCUCACCCAGUGAGGUAGUGAUGGCAAGGAUACUUACUCUGCAAAGUUAAGUCUGGUACCGGGUUCAGCUUUGGGUUGGCUCGGGUUGUCAUGAGCAAAAUGCAGCUAUGUGCCAAAACGUACUACGUACUUACUCCCUGACAAAACAACACACUCUCUCACCUCGCCCGUGUCAAGUAUGGAACGGGUCCGAAUAGAUUGGGAGGUAUGAGAACAGACUGAGUGGUUGGGCAGUCUGGUUGCAACUAACUCGAAGUGGAUUAACCCCUCCGGCCCAGACAGGUAAGAGUUGCUCCG